AUGGUCAGAUGUUCACUAAGACUAUUCCAAAAGGCUAGUAAAACCACACAAAAUCAAAAAUGGAUUUCAAGUUUAUUACCAGUUUGUAAAACCCCAGAUCAGGCAAAACAAGAAUUAAGAUGGAUUCAAAUGGAAUUACCACAAGAUAAAUGGGACCAGGCAAUACAGGAAAGAUCUAAAUUCAUACCAUUACAAUAUAUACUGGGAUCACAACCAUUUGGUUCUCUAGAUAUUAAAUGUCGCCCUCAGGUUUUAAUACCAAGAUGGGAAACUGAAGAAUGGACUUUGAAAAUAAUCAAUAAACUACGAGGUAUAUCAAGUUUAAAAAUUUUGGAUGUUUGUACUGGAACUGGUUGUAUCCCAUUACUCAUGGGUCAUAGUUUACCCCAUUUACAGAUAAAAGCUAUGGAUAUUUCAUCAGAUGCUUUAGAAUUAUCAAAUGAGAAUAAAAAAAUUCAUGGUAUAACAAAUGUUGAGUUUAAAUAUGGAAAUGUGUUUGAUAAAGGUUUACUUGAGGGGGAAGAAUUUGAUUUAAUAACUUCAAAUCCUCCAUAUAUAUCUGAAUUGGAUUAUUUAAACGGAGAGACUGAAGAAUCUGUGUUACAAAAUGAACCUAAAUUAGCACUUGUUGGUGGAUUAGAAUUUUAUGAUGCAUUGGUAAAUAAUGUUGUGCUACCUUCAAAAGCUACUGGAUUUUUCUUUGAACUGGGUGAUUUAGAACAAGCUUUAUAUACACAGAGUUUACUUAAUAAGGAUUGGUGUACCAAAAUUUAUAAAGAUGGGGCAGAUAAGAUACGAUGUGUUUAUGGUUGGAAAAAAGGUUCAAAAAUGCAAGUAUUGGAGUUUAUAUAA